AUGUGGAUGGAGGUCUCUGUGGGAACUGGGUCAGGUCGACCCCUUGAUCGCUGGAUUUUGGCGUUUGGUAUUCCCUUCCACCUUAAGAGUGUGGCCUUGAUAAAAUCUUUAGGUGACUUCUGUGGAUCGCUGUUGGACAUCGACUGGAACCAUUGGACGUCUCCCUGUGUUAGAAUCAGGGUCAUGGCAGAGUGCUUCCCCGAAGAAAUCCCGAUCUGCUUUGGCUCUCUGAGGUUUCUGGUGAAAAUUGUGGUAGAGCCGGUGGCCGUUGCGCCAUCUUCGGCGGAGGCGGGUUCAUCCCGGUCGGAUGGGAGGAAGGAGAAGAGUCGCGAGCGGGAACCCCUAGAGUGCCUUCAGUCCCUGUGCUGCAUGGGCGAUCCCUUUUCGGCGAUGCAUGCGAACGUCGGUUCGUCUUUCAAGGAUGGCGGUGGUGGGGCCAGGGCCAGACCGUCGUCCACUAAGGCUGGUCCGAUCAAGAGAUGGGUUAGGAAGGAAGGCCCACCUGUUUGUGCGUCCAAGAAUAGUUUGGUUGCCAUGUCACCCCAUAACUUCAGGCCCUCUCCAAGUUUCCCCAAACCCACUUGUGAGCCCAACUUUUCUAAUCCCUGUCUCGGCCCGGCCGUUUGUGAGAAGGUUACCCUCUACGUCAUCUCUUCAUUCCUAUCCUCCUUCUUUCCUAGGCCAAUCCUGUCCGACCUUUUCUCAUUUCCCCUGUUCUUUGACUUCUCUUCUUGCUCGAUUCCCAUUCCCAUCCAUUUUGGUCUUCUCCGGUUCAGGUCGGGCAGUCCUCCUUCCCCGUCUCCAAUUUCUGAACCCUCUAGCUUGGCUCUCCUCAAGGCUCCGUCACCACAGAGUCCAUCAACCCCUAGUCCCCCACUUUCUAUGGUCCCGUGUUCUUUGGAUCCCUCUUUUUCGAACCCUUUGGCAUCCGAUCCUUUUGAUCAGAAACACUGUGUGUAA